AUGGCAUCGGCACUUGCCGGGGAUGACUUGGCGGUAUCAGUGAGCAGUCGCCGGAGCUGGACGACGGGGAGUUUCAGGGAGGCGUGGACGGCGGCGCCGGACGUGUUUAACGUGAGUGGUCGCCACACGCAUGAAGACGACGAGGAAGAGCUCAAAUGGGCCGCCAUAGAACGCUUGCCAACUCUUGAACGCAUGAGAAAAGGAGUGCUCAAGCACGUUCUCGACGACGGACACGUGGUGCUCGAUGAAGUCGAUGUUUCCAACCUUCGCUUACAUGACAAGAAGGUGUUGAUCGACAGCAUACUCAAGAUUGUUGAGGAAGAUAAUGAGAAAUUCCUACGCAGACUGAGAGAUAGAGUCGAUAGAGUGGGCAUUGAAAUUCCGAAGAUUGAAGUUCGGUGCGAGAAUUUAUCUGUGGAGGGUGACGUGUAUGUUGGGAGUAGAGCACUUCCUUCCCUGCUUAAUGUUACUCUCAAUGCUUUUGAGAGUGUUCUGGGGAUAUUUCACCUAGCACCUUCCAAGAAGAGGGAAAUUCAGAUUCUUAAAGAUGUUAGUGGAAUCGUUAAACCGUCAAGGAUGACUCUCCUUUUGGGUCCUCCAAGUUCUGGCAAAACAACAUUGCUUUUGGCACUUGCAGGGAAACUUGAUCGUGAUUUGAGGGUGUCUGGGAGAAUCACUUACUGUGGGCAUGAGCUAAAUGAAUUUGUUCCACAAAAAACCUGUGCCUAUAUUAGUCAACACGACAUUCACUUUGGAGAAAUGACCGUGAGGGAGACAUUAGAUUUUUCAGGACGUUGUCUAGGUGUUGGCACAAGGUAUGACGCAUUGGUGGAACUCUCAAGAAGGGAGAGAGAAGUAGGAAUAAAGCCAGAUCCUGAGAUUGAUGCAUUCAUGAAGGCUAUAGCAUUAUCAGGUCAAAAAACCAAUUUGGUAACAGAUUAUGUUCUCAAGGUUGGUGUCUGA